UUUCUGCUGCUGCUUCUGUGUGUAUAUGUCUGCAUUUAGCCACAGACAGAGGCCCCCGAUUUUGGAUCACCCUGUGCGCUUCGGAAGUCAAAGCAAGCGUGUACGUACAGUUUAUUCUUGGUCUUGGAGUGCAGAGGACGAGUUGUACAGCAGAAAGCAAGCUGGUGUCACUACUGUGGUGUAUAAUAGUGAAAAAAGAAGAGAAAGUUUUUGGUUUGGAUAUUUUGAUUGCGGGCGAUUAUUUUAUCAACUAGUCUCGGAACGGAUAGGUACCGUGGUCGUCGUCGCCCCGAGAGAAAGACCUGCGUUUAGCUACCGGAGCUGCUUUCCUUUCCUCCUGCCUCGGACAUUAUGAUGAACGGCGGCAUCGUCGAAAAAGGAGGUCCCGGAUAAGAAUAUUUUGGAAGGUCCCGAUUUUUGUUGGAGGGUUCAAAACCCUGUAGCUUUUCCCCUAGAUUGACAAUUUUAACCGUAGCCUGAGAUAUUGCAAAUAUGUCAGCUUCGGGCAGCCCUCAGAAGGAUGUCAGCAGUCAGAUGCCGAAGAUGUCUUCACCGUCCGCGCCCACAGUGUCUCCAUCGGUUGCCGGUUCCUUUAUCGACUGUCGAAAUGUGUACCAACUAUCUGGCGUAGGCGUCUCUUCCACGAAUCAACAGGGAACGCCUCCUAGCCAAUCUCCACAGGAUGUAGUGAAAAUAAGAUUCAGAAGAGAUGUCAGUGGUAGUGGAGUCGCCGUAGCCAAUCGAUCUAUUGUCACGACAGCUAAUAUCAAUGCUGUACAACCUACGGCAGAAGGUAACAAUCGCACUUUUCAGGAUACCAAUAGCAAUUUCAAGCCAUCACCCAACAUUUCAUCACUAAUCAAAACUCAAGACUCAAGAACAACCGCAAGUAAGCGGAAGGAUGUCAAGAGGCUCAUCAUCAAGAAACCCCCUGCAACCAAAGCUGCCCUCGGCCAGAUGCGGCGUCAUUCCGUUUUACCCCGACAAACAAGUUCUAAAUUUACCAAAACUCCUGUAUCGUUUACAGAUAAAACAGAACCCAAAACUACUCCCCAAAAGCUAAACAUCAAUUUGGCUCAGCUUAAAACGGCGCAAAAUAAGAUCGUUUUGGUCAAAAUGCUCACCCCGAUGCCACACAAUGGUCCGAAGAUCGUUGCUGCGCCCUCGCCAUCACCAACAAAAAGCAGCGUUUCACCGACUACGAUUGCCCUAGCGCGUAGUGUUCAAGGAUUGAGACCCAUCCAGACGGUUGGUUCACCCCCAAAUCUUGCAGCACUAUCACCGGCUGUGGCUGUACCACCGGGUGAAGCUCCUAUCCUACAGCCAGAAGUAGGCAAAUCCGAAAGUUUGUCUUCACUAUCUUCAUCUACGCUCACGACAACCUUAUCAACUACCAGUACCACCUCAUCGUCAUCAUCGGAUAUGGGCAAAUAUAAUAUCACAUUUGGCAGUGAGGAGAGCACUCUUGAUGACAAGAUAGAAAUCAAAAAUAGCAGUAAAUCGAAUGCUACCGAAACAGAAACACAUCAUGAUGACAAUGAAACCGUUCAUAGUGGGAGGAUGUCCAGGGAAAUGCGCUGUCUGAAGGAAAUGCAGAGCAGUUCCAAAAUCUUGACCGAGUUCAUGCAGUCUUCUUCGGAGAAGUUAAGAAAACGGUGCCGCUCGGAAAGCCGCAGCUGCGGUAGCCUGACACCGACAUCGCAGGUUCGCUUCUCCGUUUCCGGACAUGAUGACGGCGAAGAACUGGAUGAUAAGGACGGCAGUCCAUCCGGAGGCAGUGCUAAACGACCGGGCAUGCGUUCCGCUAAUGUGGAAUUUUCGUUGAAGCAACGUAAAUUUCUCAGUAGCAUCCACCAGAACAGCGACGCAUCGGACGGUUCGGAAAACGAAGAAGCACGGCAGGCAUCGUCUUCGAAGGAGGGAGUUGCGGUUAAGCCGCGAGAAAAUUACGGUUCUCACCUUCCCGUGGCUCCCAAGCUCGGGUGGGACAAAUUCUGCUGGAGGUGCAAGACAUGCGAACCGGGCUUGGAAGCGUGUGCCGGAUGUAUCCGCUGCUUUCAUCCGGUUUGCCUGAAGCUCAAUCCAGCUUUUUUCAUAGUCGAGAAAAAAUGGAACUGCCCGGAGUGUAUCAAGUUGCAAAGCAUCGAAGAUGACUUUCGAGAGGGCAAUAAGACUGGUAAGGAUAAGCUGAAAAUCGAAAGCCUAACGGUGUCCCUUAAAUUUGCCAUGAAGCGAAUGCAGCUGCUGAAGGGGAGUGCUAUCUGGAAUCCAUUGGAUCGGCAGCAGCUUCCGAAUUACGAUCACUAUGUGACCAACCACCUCGAUCUAACCAUGUUGCAGAAGAAUGUGGCCGAUCAAAAAUACAAAACAACGGAAGCAUUUCAGAUCGAUGUCAGCUGGAUUCUGCAUAAUGCCUCGAUUUAUCCCAAUAACAGCAAGCUUCUUUCCGCGGCAAAGGGGAUAAUGAAGAUCUGUAAACAAGAGAUGAACGAGAUCGAAGCUUGCAAUGAGUGCUACUUCAAUGCCAACACGUGCAAGACUUGGUUCACCGAGGUUUGUUCCAGACCACACCUGCUGGUGUGGGCCAAGCUGAAGGGAUUCCCGUACUGGCCGGCUAAGGUGAUGACUAUUAAUAGCAAUCAACUGGUUGAUGUGCGCUUUUUCGGGGACCACGAUCGCGCCUGGGUACCGGUGAAAGAUUGCUUCCUGUUUUGUGUAGAUGAUCCAAACACGAAAAAUCAGCGGCGCACCAACAUGGCCGAGUGUAUGCGAGAAGCCGAUUCGUAUAUUGCAAAAUUGAGAAAAAAGUUUGGGCAAUUUCAAUAUGCAGAUUUUAGAGUUCCUCUGGACGCAAACAAAAUGGACAGUCAUUUGGAGAGUAUGAUUCCGGGUAUUUUAAGAAAAAUCGCCGAAAAUGGUGAUUCACACCGGACAAAGUUAAUGCUUAAGAUCAUCAAAACCGCUGACAAUUUUUUGUCGGUGUCCCCAGUUUCCAGUAACGCCCCGACGUUUACAACUGAAACAACCCCGAGGAGCUCCCGCUCCGAGAGUUUCGAUAAAAAACAAAAGUUUUCGAUAAGUCCUAUCGCCAAAUCGUAUGAUGCGAGCACAUCUCCGAAGCAGAAUUGUGAAGAAACUAAGAAUGAGACUCAGAACAUAAUAACACCACCGGAAGGUGAAAUCACGCCCGUAACUGGUCGAAUGUAUCCUAUAAGAAAGCGUAAAAGUACUGAAGAAUCGCCGAAUGUUGAGGAUACGCCUAAAGUGACACCGACAAUUACACAGCGUCCCAUAAAAAAACGAAACAGUCGAACGUCAACCAAUUCCAACGCAUCAACAGAAAUUAAGGGUUGUCAUGAACCAUCGAAAGCGGAGGCUUCUGUUGUUGCAAAAACAGCUCCCAGUCGUAAAAGAAAGAGUAUCAGCCCCAUUGGAGAAGGUAGCACCAAGAACGCUCCCAAACAGAGUAAAAUUGAAUCAGUCGUACUACAGCGAGAAUCGGAUAGUUGGAAAACGGUCCCGGCGACCAAAAAGCAGAAAACCGAUUCAAAAUCUUUGGAUGAGAAGGGUGAUAUUCAGGAGGAAACCGAAAAGAAGGCAUUGGAUAGCAAGAUUGAAGAGCCAGUCCAAAAGGAGGACACCGAAGGGCCAAACGAUUCCACAGAAGUGGAAUCAGUUAUAGGAAUAAUUAAACCAACAUUUACUGAAAGCAACGUUACUUUGAAAAAUAUGAAAAAGACAGAGGCGGAAGAAGAGAGUGUUACACCUACAAUUGCCAAGAGCAACGUGAGUGUAACAGAAACAUCUAAGGAGGAAAACUAUAAUGCACCGAAAGUUCCGAAACCGAUUGAAGACAAAAGGUUAGAUAAACAGCCUUCAGUCCUAUUGAACGCGGUUGAAAUUAAAACUGAACCUGCAGAAGAGGAAUCAGCCCCUACGGUAGGGGCAGCUGUUUCAACCAAUGUCCAGAUUCCUCCUAAAACUAUUGCAAGUCUAAAUUUUGCUCAAACUCCACAAGCUACAUCUAAUAUUUCAGCAAAUUCAUUGCCACUUGCACCACCUACACAACAACUGCUUCCAAUCAAAUUGGAACCUCUCUCAGAUGAUGAAGCUUCAUCGCACAAUGACGAAGCAACGGGACCUGUUGCAAUGAGCAAUACCGCUCCGUCUUCUCAAACUGUAGUGAUACGUACUAACAAUCGAAUAAUGGUCAAAGACAUCCACAAGCUCACCAAUCAAAUUGGAACAAGAUCUGCCGCAAAUCACGGUCAUUUGAAUGCAAAUGGUGGUCAGCCCGUUGUUGUCACGCCUGUGGAAAAACAAAAGGCUUUACCAAAAGUUAUCACCAGACAACCUCCUAUGACUAUCGUACAACAACAGCAGAAGCAGAUGAGAAAAUCUUUGGUUAAUGCACAGUCGAUACAAGCAAACAAACCCCAAAACCCCGCGACACCCGUUGCCGUUUCAUAUUCUGGAAAUAAAAAUGGUCACAAUGUGAUGCACAUGGUACAUAUACCAAGCCCUCUCGGUCCCGCAACAACUUCUCGCGAAAGCAGUAGCCAAUCGACGACCGUAAAUACUACUCGAGUAACCUCUCAAGCGUUAGUUUCCCUUCCUAAAAUCGCUAAUGUAGGCACCAUGCAACACUCGGCUGCUCCUGCUGCUGCUAUUGCCACACCAAUGCAGCAACAAGCCGCCACCGUCGUUCCACCGGCUGGUGUGUCUGCUGCUGUUCUCCCAACUCAAGCCCAACAACCGGUUGUAGCAACACCGCCACAAUUGACGACAACGACGAUGACGACGGUUGAAGAACAGCAACAACAGCAGCAGCCAGAAGAAAGUGGUCAACAUAUGAUGGCUGGAUUUAUCACGCCCAGUCUGGCGGCGGCCGUAACGGAAACGAUCGUGUCGGCCCCACCCAAGAUGCAGUCCCGUCCCAGUGGAGCGCUACGUUCCGAAGGUGACUGCGUGUAUCCGUCCGGGGCGGGACCGGUGUCGCAAAUUCUCAUCAACAACUCCUAUAAGAUGGCCGACUUUUUCCGGUCUGUUAUCGAGGACACGCUGGCCGAUCUCUCGAGCAACAGUGGAACGUUGGAGGCAAAGGUUAAGGUGUUGGAGCUGGAAAUCGAAAAACUUAAACACUGCCACCAGCAGGAACUGGCAAAGCUGAAACACAACUCCGAUCUCGUGCUGUGCGAGAUGCGUAAAAAUAUGGAAGUGGAACGCACCCGUCUCGUAAACGAGGUUCGACAACAGUGCGAAAUUGAGCGAAUCCGAUCGGUAGAACAGGCCAAGAAGAAGCAAUGGUGCACCAACUGCGGCAAGGAGGCCAUGUUCUAUUGCUGCUGGAACACAUCUUACUGUGACUAUCCGUGCCAACAGAAGCACUGGCCAACGCAUAUGAACAGCUGCAAUCAGAGUCAGUUCAAUCUGCCAAGUUCGGCCAUUGCCAGCAAACCACAGGCCACCAAUGUGAUAAGCAACGCAAAAGUGGCCAACCAACCGCAACAGCAACAGGUCACAACACCCAAAAUCACUACGGUGCAGACGUUGAACAUGAAUGGCCGAUCCGGACUCACGAUUCAACCUGCCUCAGUGGCCGCCCAGCAGCAGCAUCAGCAACAACUCAUCAUCACGUCGACGCGUGGCGGUUCACAGCUGGGCAAGGGACAAGGCUUUCAGCGGAUGAUGAUAAAUCCGGUUAUUGGUGCAGUGAACCAGUCGAAUCAACCAACACCGUCGUACACCAUCGUUAGCAGCAACUUAAGCAGUAAUCAGCCACCUGCUUCAUCAUCCACCAUCAAUCCGAUGGGGAUACUGACCCGAUCUAGCGCAGCUGCCACUGCUCGAUUCAACAACGCUCACAAGUAAAACCUCGAGCGAUUACCUGUGUAUAAUAGUUUCGAAUUUUAACAAUUGCUUUAAAUCCGAUACCCGAUGUAUAUUUCUGCGAUUAGUAGGACCUAGCUUCGUUGUUCAUUUGUAUAUGUAUUAAGAUAUUUUUGUAAUUAAUGAACAAAAUUUAUGAACUUGGUUCAAUGAAAGAGAGGAAACAUCGAGUGAGAACGGCAGUUCAAUUGAUAAAAUGUAAUCGGAUAUAUCAACUUUUACAUUGUAAACCUGUUCAAAGAUUGUAAAUAUUUUCUU